AUGCACAUGUCAUGUGAGGCAUCGCAGUCAGACCUAUACUCUGACUGUCCUCUAAAGAGAUAUAGAGGACCAAUGCUAGAUGGAAACUUGGGCAGCAGGAUGGUGGAGUCUGUGUUUCUGCUGCUGCUACUCCUGCAGGCUCCUCUUAUGGUGUCGGAGGAGGAUAAUAUUAGGUGCUCCAGAAGUGAUCCUUUGCAUAUUCCAUAUGAGUGGUACCAGCCAGGUGAAAUCCUCAUUGGUGGGAUUGUAUCUUGUAUCUUUUUUAUCUCACCCAAAUAUUCCUUCAAGAAAAAUCCAACUCAGGAAUGGAUUAGCAGUGAAGACAUGAUGAUGAAGUUCUACCAGCACAUCCUGGCCUUGGCCUUUGCAGUGGAUGAGAUCAAUGAGAACGCUGAGAUCUUGCCCAACAUCACACUUGGGUUUCACAUCUAUGACAGCUACUCCAAUGAGAGGAUGACCUACCGCACCGCCUUGGACCUGCUCUUCAAAUCACAGAGAUUUGUCCCCAACUAUAAAUGUGGCAUCCAGAGAAAUGUAAUUGGAGUCAUUGGGGGACUUGAUGCUGAUACUUCAUCACACAUGGCAGACAUCUUAGGCCUUUACAAGAUCCCACAGUUUUCAUAUGGCUCAUUUGAACCAGCACAGAUGGAUCAAACCUAUUCCACUUCCUUUUACCGCACAGUUCCCAGUGAAGAUCUUCAGUAUCGGGGGAUUCUCCAGUUACUUCUCUAUUUUGGAUGGAAAUGGGUCGGGCUCAUGCCUAUGCACAAUGAUGGUGGAGAUCAUUUCCUGCAGGUUUUAGAGUCCUUGCUUUCCCAGAAUGGAAUCUGUUCAGCCUUCACAGAAAGACAUGUUACCCGAAUCUUACCUGCAAAUGAAUUAAUUUAUGACAUUGCUAAAAGAAUUUCCGUUUUCCUGGAAAGCAAAGUCAUUUCAGUUGUCAUUUAUGGAGAAGCUACAUCCAUAGUAUGGUUGACAAAAGUUAUAUUUCUAACAACAGUUUACCAACUACUUCCUGGAUCUAAGUUUCCUACAGGGAAAGUGUGGAUUACAACAGCCCAGAUUGAUUUUAUUUAUGAUGGCACUCAAAAUAAUUUCAAGUUGCAAACAUUCCAUGAAGGCCUGUUCCAUGGUGCUCUUUCUUUCACCUUACACACAAAGGAGCAUCCAGGCUUCUGGAAAUUCCUCCAGUUGAUCAACCUAUUUGAAGCCAGAAGGGAUGGUUUUCUCAAGUUUUUCUGGGAGCGAGCAUUUCAGUGUUCCAUGAAGUACUUCUAUCGACCCUGUACUGGGGCAGAGAAGCUGGAGAGCCUUCCUGCCCCUUUGUUUGAAAUGAGCAUGACCGGCCACAGCUACAGCAUCUAUAAUGCUGUCUGUGCUCUUGCACAUGCCUUACAUAUAAGACUUGCAUCUAGAUCCAGACACAGAAAAUUGGAGGAAAGGAGCAGACUGAUCCCUCUGCAUAUGGAACCCUGGAAGCUCCAUUCAUUGCUUCAAACCAUCUCAUUCAACAACAGUAUUGGUGACAAUGUUAAGUUUAACAAACAUGGAGAAUUAGCAGCUGGAUUUGAUGUUACCAACUUGGUCACUUUCCAAAAUGACUCCUAUGUCCGAGUCAAAGUUGGAAGGCUGGAUCCUCAGGCUCCUGCAGGCAAAGAGUUGACCAUUAAUGAGGACCAAAUCCAGUGGCACAGAGACUUGACUCAGGUGCCUCCCGUUUCUUUGUGUAAUGACAACUGCCAUCCGGGAUACAGCAAGCAAAAGAAGGAAGGGGAGAAAUUUUGCUGCUACCAAUGUACUGAAUGUCCAGAAGGGAUGAUCUCAGACAAGAUGGACAUGGAUUCCUGCAUCCCUUGCCCAGAGGACCAGUAUCCAAAUAAGGCCCAACACGGAUGCAUUCCUAAAAUUCUCAACUUCCUCACCUUUGAUGAACCUUUGGGCAUUAUUUUAGCUUUCUUGGCUCUUUUCUUCUCUCUGGCCUCAGCUCUGGUACUUGGAACCUUCAUUAAGCACUGGGACACUCCCAUCGUCAAAGCCAACAACCGGAGCCUCACCUACGUGCUCCUCAUCUCGCUCCUCCUUUGCUUCCUCUCCUCAUUGCUCUUCAUUGGACGGCCAAACAAAGUUACUUGUCUCCUCCGACAAACAGCUUUUGGCAUCAUCUUCUCCAUUGCUGUUUCUUCUGUUUUGGCCAAAACCAUUACCGUAGUCAUAGUUUUUAAGUCAUCGAAGCCAGGAAGUAUUUACCAGAAAUGGGUUGGAGGGAAACUGGAAAAUUCCAUUGCCCUUUCCUGCUCUCUGGUUCAAACAGGCAUUUGCACUAUUUGGUUGGGUACCUCUCCCCCUUUCCCUGACUUGGAUAUGCAUUCACUAUCUGGAGAAAUCAUAGUGGAAUGUAAUGAGGGGUCAACCACUCUGUUCUACUGUGUCCUGGGCUACUUGGGUCUCCUGGCCAUCAUCAGCUUCACAGUGGCCUUUCUCGCCAGGAAUCUGCCAGACAGCUUUAAUGAAGCCCAGUUUAUCACCUUCAGCAUGUUGGUUUUUUGCAGUGUUUGGAUAUCCUUUGUUCCAACCUACCUCAGCACAAGAGGGAAACAUAUGGUAGCUGUGGAGAUCUUCUCCAUCCUGGCCUCUAGUGCUGGGUUAUUGGGUUGCAUCUUUUCCCCCAAAUGCUACAUUAUUCUACUGAGGCCUGAUCUGAACAAAAGAGAAAAAAUAAUAAGAAAACUGUAG